AUGGCCAGCUCUCCAGCCAAGAAGUGGUACCAUAUCAGGUGGUACUCGGACACGGACACCAAGGAAGAGCGCAAGUUCAUUCGUAAAAUCGAUGCCCUCAUCGUCCCUUAUGCUGUUCUGGCUUACUGGGUCAAGUACAUUGACCAGUCCAACCUGAACAAUGCCUAUGUGGCAGGCCUGAAGGAAGACCUCGGCUUCCACGGCAAUGAGCUCGUGCAAUUGCAAACCUUUUACAUUAUUGGCGCCGUCACAGGACAGAUUCCAUUCUUUUUCCUGGUCACCUAUAUCCCGAUGCACUGGUUGAUCCCCUUCCUCGACAUAAGCUGGGGCAUUUUCACGCUGCUGCAAUAUCGCGUCCAAGGUUUCCCCGAACUUGCUGCGUACCGGUUUCUUGUGGGCUUUUUUGAAGCAGCAUUCUUCCCCUUGAUCCAUUACGUACUCGGCGCAUGGUACCGCGGCGACGAGAUUGCGCGUCGUGGUGGCAUCUUCUACACUGGUCUGUCGCUCGGAACCUUGACAGCAGGUCUCAUCCAAGCCGGCGCCUCAGCGCGGCUCGACGGUGUCAACGGCUUGGAAGGAUGGCGCUGGAUGUACAUUAUCUGCGCCAUCAUCACCAUUCCCGUUGGCAUCCUCGGAUACUUUGUCAUACCCGGCACGCCCGAUCAGCCGAACCGUCGCCUCAAGCUUCAGGAUCUCAAGAAGAUUUUCCUGAAGCCGCAAUUCUGGGCAAUUAUCCUUAUCGACGUGCUCUUUUGGAAUGCCGGAAUCCACACAAGCUCUGGAUCCUUCCUGCUCUGGAUUAAGAGCUUGGGUCGAUACUCUGCGGCGCGAGUCAACGAGCUUGGUACUAUCGCACCCGGUUUGGGUAUUUUUUAUACCCUAUUUAUAUGCUUUGCAUCGGAUCUGGUCCUCGGUCCUGCAUGGGCCAUUACCAUGGCCCACGUGUGGAACAUUCUCGGCCUCAUUAUUCUCGUUAUUUGGGAUGUUCCCGAGUCUGCAAAGUGGUUUGCCUUCUCGACCAUUUACGCCUCCUACUCCAUGUCGAGUGUCUUCCACGGUUGGGUCAAUACACAGCUGCGUUCGUCACCUGCGCAGCGGUCCUUUACCCUCGUGCUCAUCAACGCCAUUUCACAGUCGUCCACGGCGUGGACGCCUUUGCUCGUAUUCCCGACCGUCGAGGCGCCUAGGUAUCCCAAGGGUUUUCCGUUCACGUUGGGCUCGGCGAUCCUUCUUAUCAUUGCGACACACGCUUUGCGGUUGCAUCUCAAGCGUCGAGACCCCAAGAUUGAAGACACCACGGCAUAUGCUGAAGAGGCGGCCCCAGUCCAGGAAACCGCUGCCAACAAAAGCAACAAAAGCACGCCGGUGAGUGUGUCGGGUAAAAGGGAUUCCAGCGAGUGA